AAGUAGGGAUGUUUGUCGUACGCGUUAUUUGGCCAAUAAAACCACGUGGCGGCGCACGGAGGGCACCGGCGUCGCGCCGUUCGCGGAUAGACGAUCGUCGGGGAGCGCCGAGCCGGCCGCGCGAGGCGACGACGGCGGCGAGGGUGCGAAGGGCAAGCGCGCGGAUGAAGAGAGACGGGAAGCGGUGCGCGACGUGCGUAAACCACGCCUCGCCGCCUCCUCGGCGCACGCGCGGUUCCGCCUAUCGUCGUACACGCUUCCCGUCGUGCGGCGUCCCGCGACGGAACGUCGGUCGUCCGCGACUCCACCGCGGCCGCGACACGUCGUCGUCACGCGACGCACUACCAGUUUGGAGAUUCUGUUGCCUUGCGGUUAGCGUGACGGUAUUCGAAGCAGGUAAAGAGAGAAAGAAAAGCGAAAGAGAGAGAGAGAGAGAAGUCCCCAUCCUGUCGUUUCCUGUCGCAGUGCUCACCGCGUGUCCAUCUAAGAGAGAAACGACAAGAUCAAACACCACGUGAAGUUGAUUAUCUUGCCUCCAUGGAGGCUUCUGACUUGAACUCACGAAAAUUAAAUUGUGUAACUUUGACCUUUCUGUAGAAAGUGGGAGAUCCAAAAGAGAGAAGAGAAAGAAGCUACUAUUCUACUCGACUCGACUGAUGCAUCAAAAUUUGAGCUUGGAUUUCACUUUGGUUACGUGAAUGUCCGUUGAAUGUCUGUCGCUCCGAAGAGGAUCCUGUAGAGAUUCACGUUGUCUUAAAAACACAUAGGAAUUCAAUCGUUCCCCUCUUACGCGAAAGUGUUAUUCGAACAGACGGAAAACGCAUCCAGUUUCUACAAGUGUUUCUAUCAACUUUGCGCCACUUAUCGGAAUCCCUACGAUACGCUUCGUUUUGAAUACCUACUGACACACUGAUAAUUUUCUUGCACCAUCAAUAUCGCUCGCAAGAAUAUCGUGAACUCUCAUCAAGUUUCAUUUCGCGUGUGAUAGUCAAGUUCCCACAUGACAGAAACGGAACUCUCGGCUGUCACUCUCGGCAGAAAUUCGACGUGCUUGUACGCGACGUCUUGCGAUCGUAUCUCGUGAUCGUAUUGUCAGUAUAGUAACGUCAGUAGUACGUCAAAUUCGUCUUUGCGAGAGCACAUCGAGUGUAUCUUUUCCGAAUUGUUGCGUUCCUAAGGUUAAACGCGGAACAGUGAUCUGACACCGCGAUACACCGGAAGAUACAUCGCGAAGCUAACGUGAUUUCCCGCGGGUCGAACCGACCCGUAGCGAGAUUUGCGGAAACACGCAUGCGGAGUUAAGGACAAAGUCAGAAACAACGACACGAGGUUGGGAAAGUGUGGCGGGAAGUGGCGGGAUCGGCGUAUCGAUUGGAGAUCGGAGACGGGCACUCUCCAGAGCGUCCGUCGACCGGCUGAUAAUCGCGGGGAGAGGGGGUCCGCGGAGGUGCGGAAGAGAUCGGGAAGGUGUUGUUCAGUCACGAGUCCAGGAUUCUCACCCCCGGAGGCAGUGCCAUCUCGCCCGGGGGCGCGGGGCCACCCGCGAGCCCAUCGCCGGGACACUAUCAUCCUCCUACGCACAGUCCGCCCCUGGUCAAGAUUGGCGCGGUCCACGCCCACCAGCCGAACAAUAACCACCACCAGCAACAGCAGCAACAGCAACAACAGUCGAGUCAACCGCAGGUGCCGGGUGCUGGCGCGGGAGGGGCCGGCGGGCCGGGGGGCGGCGUGGCCAGGGCCGGAGGCAUGUUCUGCUACCACUGCCCCCCGGGCCUCCCAGCGCCGCGAUUACCGCCAUCCCUGGAGUAUCCCUUCGCCCCUACUCACCCCUAUACUAGUUACUCCGCCUAUCACCCAGCGCUACACGGAGUUGGCGAGGAUUCCUUCGUGCGGAGGAAACAGCGUCGAAACAGGACAACUUUCACCCUUCAGCAACUGGAGGAACUCGAGUCCGCCUUUGCGCAGACUCACUACCCGGACGUCUUUACGAGGGAAGAUCUGGCCAUGAAAAUUAAUCUCACGGAAGCCAGAGUGCAGGUGUGGUUCCAAAAUCGGCGGGCGAAAUGGCGUAAGAGCGAGCGAUUGAAGGAGGAGCAACGCAAACGCGAGGGUGGAAACAGCGGUGGUGGCGGCAGCGGCGGCGGUGGUAACGGCGGUGGCGGUAACGUGGAAUCCUCCGCUUUGGCCGCACCAACGUCUUCAUCGGCGGCGGGGGGGGGCGGCGGCCCCAGGAGCCCCAGCACGACUUCCGCCUCGGUCAGUCCCCGCCCCCAGCCGAGUCAGCCGUCUUUAGGUGGCGUCUCGACGCCACCGCCGACCCCUAUAAGAGCGCCGCCGCCGCCAUCGAGCACCGUGGGGGGCCUCGGACCACCCGCUGAGAGCACCACGGGGAUAGGCGCAGGCUUCAGGCCGGUGGAACCACCAACGUCCCUUUUCUUCUCGCCUCAUCUGGCCGCCCAGUUCUCGCCACCGCUCUUCGGUAAUAAAGUUGUCAGCAGCGCGUCGACAUCGUUGACCUCGACGACGCCAUCGUUAUGGACGACCAGCGAGCAGCAUCGGCCGAGCAGCCUUCAAGAAAUGUUAUCUUGGUCGCCAACCGGCUGGCCCGGUUCUAUCUGUGGCUGUUGCAAACCCGGUACCGGCGGCACCGGCACCACUGAUCUCCAUCGAAGUAACAGUCUAGCCGAGCUCCGAAGAAAAGCUCAGGAACACUCGACCGCCUCGGCUCUCCUCGGUGGUCUCGCCGGCUUCCCCGGAGGGCUACCCCUGCCUCUUCCCUUGCCGCUGCUGCCACCCUUGUUGGGCCUCUCCAGGCGACCGGAGCACCAUCAUCAUCAUCACCUUCCCGGCGUGGUGCAUCAGAUACAACCCACUACCAAAGAAGAUCCCUAGGAUCGCCUCCACAAAUGUCGGAAUCGUCUCGUAAACGCAAGAUAUAAAUCUCAAAGAGAUAUUCUGCGCGUAUCGGAUGGUUGCAAAGUCGAAGCUAGACAGCGAUAUAACAAUCUCGGUGAGUUCGGAUCUCGAUGCUAUUUAGAAGCUGAAGAAUGUUAUAUAUGAAGAAUGUUACAAAUAUAGAAUGUUAUAAAUAUAUAUAUAGAAUGUUAUACGUUCUGUGUUCUUUCAUAUAUGGAGACUUAUUUUUCUAACUCCUUUAAAGUAAAUAUUACCGAAAGAAAUGAUCUUUUCUAUUAGAUUUUAUUUUGUAACUCAUAGUCCCAUCCUUCGAGUCGUUGAUUUCAUUGAAUUAAGAAUUUUAAGUUUUCCGAAAGUUUACACAUCAGCGUCGAAAAUUGAACUCAUCGAUGUUAUACCAUUAAUCUUUGUAAAUGCUUUCCUUAUUAUAAUUACAUUUUAAUCUCCUGGUAUUUUUUUUUAAACGGAAAAAUGCUUUUCUGAGUUUCGCCGUUGUGAUAGUUCAAGCAAGUUUAAGGGUCUCAAUUUCGGAAGACGACGAAGAAUUAACGAACCGCAAUGUUACAAGGUGGUAACUUUGGCUUGGUAAGGCGGCUCGCGCAAACACUGCAAAUUGUAUUCAUAUUGUCUUCGAUUGUGACUUGUUAAAGUAAACAUGGCGCGAAUCCUGUUAAGUAACUUGCGCAAUCUUGAUAGAAAACUUAUUUUAGCUCAUAUAAUACUUAGUUAAUUUUUAGAAGAGAGAAGUUUUCGUUUGCAACAAAUUUCACAAUCAACUUCAUUUUUAACUAUACGUAAGACAGGAUCGGUUUUAUAAAGUUCCGUAAAGUGUAAAGCACUGUUUAAUUUGCAUUUUUUUUUUCACUUUAAAAGUUACCAAUUGAUUAUUUACUAUUAUUCUCGAUGUUUCCCGGCUCUCUAUCGUUUCGGAUUUUGAUAAAAAUGGGAAACAAACAAGAUACCAUUAAUACUCAUUGCAUAUGCAAUAAACCGUUGAAUAAUGGAGCACUAUCAAUUUGCAGAUUACUUUGUUAUAUCCGCGAACGUGAUGUAAAUAGGCGAGGUGCAUUACAAUAAUCUUCUGUAGUAUUCUCAGACACAUAAACCGUUUUCUCACAUAUGUAAUCAGCAAUAGCGUCUAAAAUCUUCAUAUUACGCAGAAUUUCUAUUUUAUUUAUUGCCUUAACUUGCGACCUCCAGACACGUUUGUAUCGCCACUAUUCACUAUUUACAACAGUAACGAAAAAUCAUUAAGUUCCAUGUGUAUCGUAAAAUGUUUGACAAAAUCCGUUAAUCACAGCGAAGAGUAUACUAAUUACAUUAUACAAUUCUGUGAGAAGGGGACGUAUUUCGGACUGACUUUUUCAAAUGAAUUUGGAAUGUCAAUACGUCGCGAUACACAUUUGUAUUGUACAUACGUAACUGAGAAUAAAUGCGGCGAGAACGGGAACGAGAACGACGCGCAAUCGCGUCGGGACCUGCGAAGAUGUAUAGCAAAGUGUGUUUACAAAUGGUUUCGUUUCCUUCCACGCGAGUAUAAGAAGACGCGACGGACCAACACGUGCCUGAUGCGCUGUAUAUUCAAUUGCUCGAUACGCUCGACCAGUCGAUUCGUUCAAGCCACGCGGACAGGCUCGAGUGUGCAUUCAUCAUCAAAUUCCUACGAGCGGGAAUCGAAAUCGAUAUAAUCUCGGUUCGGUUUUCGAUAUUGCUGUCAGAAAGAGGAGAGGAAAAUGUCGGAUGUUUCGGAUACUUGUCGAAUUCAAUUGAUCUCACGGAGAUUAUAUGGGUUUUAAUACCCGGCCCACAGAUAUUAAAGCGAAGAAAAUUCGUUUCGAGUUGGCUAACUACUCUUAUAUGCCUUAAAAAUCGUCGAUCGGCCGGCAAUAUUAACCGGAUUUCAAAUCUUUGCUACGUUUGCCGAGUAUCGUAAUUCAUCAAAUAAAAUCCGGCGCAGAAAUAAAAGAGAGAGAGAGAGAGAGAGAGAGAGAGAGAGAGAGAGAGAGAGAGAGAAGCGCCAAGUGUGAAAGAGAAGGCGAAAUUACUGCACGGAUUUAGUUUGAUAAUUACGACGAGAUAAUUUCGACGAGAUAACGAUAAUUACAUUUAUGUCGUAAAUCCCUCUGAAUUUUUCGCGAAGCGAAAAGCGUAGAAGCGAAACGGACGUAGCUGUUUGUAGAGACCUGUAUAUUACCUCCCGAUAAAUAGUCAGUGCUAAUCAAAGAUAGUCUAAUGAAAGGUAUAGUGUAAGGUAGCGAUUAACUGUGUAGUCAGAACUGUGGUAGCGAUAAUAAACUUGUUCUCUCAUGUGAUGAA